AUGGAUAACUGCAUUCAAAAUGCAUCAGAUGAUCUGGAGUCGUUAAGACACAUUUUUUUUAGCAAGUACAAUUUCACGCCUUACUAUUAUAGCUUUAUGAAGGAUGCGCUGAGAUUGAUGAGAGUGUUUUAUAUGUGUGGAAGGAAAUGGGGAAACAGAGUGCAAUGUGAAUCUGCAUUGUCUAAUUUGGAACAAAGCAUUCAAAAUCAUUCCCUUGAGAUUCAGUUUGUUUGUCUUACGUUAUUAGAGUCUCUUGAUGAUUUGGCCACAUCUUGGAAUUUGAAUGAUUGUGAACCUAUUUUCAUUAUAUGGGUCAUGGCGAACAACAAGAAUCAUCCUUAUGCCUGGAUUAAUGACUACUUUCGUGAAAUGCUAAAUGCAAUUUUGAACGGAAUGGAGGAACUGCACCAGAUUCUCCUCUCAAAUAAUGAAUCUCAAGUAAAAAUGAUGGAUCUCUUAGAUAUCAUUGAUUCCCUUCUUCUUAUCGAUUUCGGGAACUUUGAUCUACCUGACCUGAAACAGAGUUUGAUGUUCUUGAAGAGCUUCCUUCGUUUUGUCAAAUUAUUACAAGGAAUUGAGCAUAAACAAGAAUUGGUAGAUCUGUUGAUACACGUUAAAGGCGUUUUGGUUGAUGUUGCUUCCUUCAUUUUCAAGUAUUUGAAGUGGUCCUUAAGUCCAUCUUUUCAGCGGCCAAAGCCUAACAAUUUUAGAAUCGAGCCCUUUGAAUCUCAGGUUUGUGGGAUUUAUGUUAGUGUCUUGCGCCAAGCUUCAGAAUUGUGGGAGUCAUCCAACAAUCUGCUUGAAGGAUACCAAACAGUACUUCUGAUGGCGGAUUUUCUUGAUUCUCUCAUUUUCCUGCUUUUGAAAUUGUUGUUCUGUUGUACCCGCGGUCAUCCAUACAUCUCUGACCAUCAAAUGUAUAAGCUGUAUCAGGGGCUUAGAUUCUUGAGAACCACUCUGAGACAACAACAUCUUGAUAAGGUCGAGGAGUUGUAUGACAAAAUACAUGAUCGUACCGGAGCCUUGAUUUGUCAGGCAGGAGUUAUAGUGUUCUAUCUUUUACAGGUAGAAGAAGAAAUAAGCUUGGGUGAAACAGUAAAGCUUCUGUUUUUGGGUUUUGAGGAAAAACUCAUGCUUGUCAAGCCGGAAGAAGAAGAAGAGGCACCAAGAGAUCAACUGAUAGCAUGUCCUCAAACAAACUUGCUUGGUUUUAUCGAUUCCAUCUUGGAGAAAAUGGAAUUUAAAAAUCAGGACGACGCUGCAGAUUUAGUGGUUGCUCCAGAAAAGAAUAAGUUUACCAUUAUCCAUGAUGAUCUUGCAUAUCUAAGAUCCUUUUUGGGUACUGUUAUGGGACAGCUGCAUGAUGACAAUGGAAAGCACCAAGGUCUCUGGCGUCGUGUUGCGACGGUAGCCUAUGAGACGGAAUUUGUCCUAGAUUCUCUACUGGUUGGAAACGCUGAUGAGAGUUUCAUUCAGCUCUUUGAUACUAUCACAGCGGAGAUUGAGCUUCUUAAGACUGAGGCAUUGGGAAGUUCGCCAAUUAUCGAAGUCCAGGGUAUGCCUAAAGCCGACAAUCAAAAGCCUCUGGCCUCUAAGAUUCUAGAAUUUGAUGAGCUUGUGGUAGGCUUGGACGAUGAGUCACAAGAGAUAAUUGGGCGACUAACAAGAGGAACGAAAAGUUUGGAUGUUGUUUCAAUUGUAGGCAUGGCAGGGAUAGGGAAAACUACCUUGGCGAAGAAAGUUUAUUGUGAUCCCUCCGUCACCAAUUACUUUCAUGUUUGUUUAUGGUGUACUGUCUCCCAAAUAUGGAACAAGAGCAGUCUCUUGUUUAAUAUUAUAAACAGGCUUGGUGAGAAAUCUUUGGACGAGCUAUCAAAAAUGAGUGAGGAUGAUUUGGCUAACACCCUCCGCAGAUGCUUGAAGAGAAAGAGGUAUCUUAUCAUUUUGGAUGAUGUUUGGGAUGCUGAAGUAUGGAUUGGUUUGAGAAAUUCAUUUCCAGAUGAUAGCAAUGGAAGUAGAAUUCUGCUAACCAGUAGAUAUGAGAAUGUGGCUUUAAACAUCAGGCCUGACAGUAAGCCUCACCUUCUUCGUUUCCUCACCAAUGCUGAGAGUUGGGAACUAUUACAAAAUAAGAUGUGCUUUGAAGAAGGUUGUCCCCAAGAAUUACUUGCACGCGGGAAGGGAAUAGCUACCCGUUGCAAGGGAUUGCCAUUGAUGAUUUUAAUGGUUGCUGGAGUUCUUUCCCAUAUGGAGCCUUGUACUUGGGGAGAGAUUGAAGAAAGUCUAGAGAAUGGUAAUCUACCUACUACAGAUGAGUGCAAGGAAAUUAUAGAGUUGAGCUAUCUUCAUUUGCCAGAGUGUUUGAAGCCGUGUUUUCUUUAUUUUGGAGCAUAUGAAGAGGAUGAAGAAGUAAGUGUUCAUGAAGUGGUACGGUUAUGGAUUGCAGAAGGCUUCGUUAAGGAAACUGAGAACGAAUAUGUAGAGGAUGUUGCGAUGGGCUACGCGAUGGAGUUGGUUCAAAGAAAUUUAAUUAUGGUUGCUGAGAGAGGGUCCAGAGGGAGGGCCAAAUCUUGCGUCCUUCAUGACCUGUUACUUGACUUAUGCCGGGCAAAAGGCAAACAAGAACACUUUCUGCAUCACUUACACUGCCAUGAACUUGGAAUUUCAAUUGACCCAAAAACGUUGUACCGGUUACAUGUUAACCCUGAUAUGGUGAAGGAUUUUGAGGAGUUAAUGGUUCUAUUUCCUCGUUUACGCACUGUGUUGUUCACUGACAAAUACACAAGAAGUUGUGAAGUUCAUUGGUAUGAUAUCCUAUACAAUUGUUGCCAUUCCUCCAAACUUCUAAGAGUUUUGAGUUUGAACAGAAUCUUUAGGUGGCCUUCCUUUCCAUGUCCAAUUCAACUACUUGGUCACUUGAAAUACCUCGCAUUCGCCGUUGAAUCAGACGCAUCAGUUAACAUCCCAUCCUCAAUUGCCUAUCUCUCAAAUUUGGAGUUCUUCAUUAUUCAGGGAAGUCCACUUGAAGUGUUGCUGCCACAAACUGUAUGGAAUAUGAAAAAGUUAAGGCAUAUGAAAGCAAAGUCGUGGGUUUUUGUGUGGGGAUUGCCUUCAGAGAAUCCUAAUAUUUCAACUUUAGAGAAUGCUCGCGCACUGUGCGGCCUAUUAAUUUCCGGUGACCAAGUGAUGGAAGAAUUUACUCAAAAGUUCCCCAACGUUCGCCGACUUAGAUGCACUCUCUGCUUGGUUGAGGAGGACGAUGAGACUUCAAAGUUUUUCACAUUCGAUCUUUUGAGUCGACUUGAAUCACUUCACAUCGAUCGUUUGAGUGGCAAUUGUGUUUAUCAAUUCCAGUUUCCUCAAAAUAUAAAGAAGCUAACUCUAAUUAACCUGGAGCUUCCAUGGAGUGAAAUUUCAGCAAUUGAUAGACUGGUAAAUCUUGAGGUCCUCAAGUUAGACUGGUUUGCAUUUGCAGGGGAAACAUGGCACGUUGGAGAAGAAAGCACAUUCCCAAAGCUGAGAUUUCUGAAAUUGGAAAGGAUGGAUUUAGUUAGGUGGACGAUGGAUUCGGAGGAAUGUUUUCCUUGUCUCGAGAAAUUAGUUGUUGGAUAUUGUCGUCAGUUGGAAGAAUUACCUAUCUAUUUCGCCCAAAGUUUAACUCUUCAGAUGAUUCAGGUAAUUGAAUGUGAUCGUGCUGCUGAUUCGGUAAAGAAAAUUGAAGAAAUGAAGACGGAUUGGGGAAAUGAGGAUCUGAAGAUCCAUCUUCAGAAUUCAAACUGGGAGGAAUUGAUGGGAGGAUAUGAAACACCUCUGCCCAAAAUUGUCACCGGGGAUAUCGAGGAACAAGAAGGUUGCUCUAUGGUGCUUGAGAGUUGA